AUGACCAGGUCGCCAGCACACGUCAAGAGACCGAGCAACGCCUUUUUCAUAUUUCGCAGUCAGUUUGCCAAAUUGUGUGGUGAUUCCAUAAAGUGCCAGCAAGCGUUAUCAAAGGCCGCAGCCAAACAGUGGCACAGUCUUCCCCGAGACUUCAAACAGUCUUUUGUGGAAAUGGCCAAGCGAGAAAAGAAACAGCACCUCAUCGAUCAUCCUGGCUAUCGGUACGUACCGCAAAAGAAGAAUACUACUCCUACCAGAUCAACAACGCAUCAAACACAAUCAAAGCGGGAGUCGCCCAAGUCUAAAUCGCCACGAGAAUCUCCAACGGCCAAGUCGACAACUGUGAAGACCAACGAAAACCUGCACAAGAUUAUACUCAAAUUCAGUAACUGCGGACAAUCACUGCAACAGGUACAACAGGCACAGCAAGACGACGGUGUUCUUCCCCAAAUUGACAUUCUAGACGAGAUCACCAAGUAUAACGUUGACGUUUGUCUGGAUCAUAACAGAAAAACCACCUGUGACCACCACGACGUUCUACUCGUACCGGAGCCUCAGCCGCGCCACGCCGACAAACCCACUUGGAAACAAGAAACCAGUUCUUUCAUCACGCGCUCACCAGAAAAGUAUCAGAUGUACAAGGACGCCAAUAUUCAGAUCGAAGACAUUGUUGUUCAGACGGCUUCGUCGCGGUCCAAAUGCGAAAACGAGGAAUGGCGAGUUAGCGAACUGGUUAAACUUGCUUCAGAGGGAGACCAUCUCAUGAUGUGUUACAACAACAACAACAACAACAACAACAACAACAACAACAACAACAACAACAACAGCGAUUCUAUCUUCAGUUUUGACGAUUUUGAAAUGACGUGUAAACUAGCAUUGGAUUUUCUAUAA